CUCUCUCUCUGCUCUCCUCUGCUCUCUUUCCCUCUCUCUCUCCACCCUCUCCUCGUUUGACUCCAAUUCCUGGCUCUCUUAUUAAUUAGUAGAGAUCCCAAAAUAACGCAUAACAAUCUCCUCUUAUUCAGGUCCCAUAUAUAUAUCCCACAGCUUAGCUCCUGUAUAAUUAAUUAACAAAUAUCUCACCACCACCACCACCACCACCACCACCUCUACCUCUGCUCUGCUGCUUAGUUUGCACAUUUCACCCACACCACCACCACCAUCACCUCUGCUUAUUAUUUUUGUGAAAUCUAUUUUAUUUGAAAGCGGAAGUGUGUGUGUGUGUAGUAUAUACAAAUACAAAUACAAAUACAAAUACAAAUGAAUGCUCCCGGCGGGCGGGGCGAGGGCGAGGGCGAGGGCGAGGGCGAGGGCGAGGCGUCGCGGUCGUGGGUGGGGCGGCUGAACUCGGCGGUGGCGGGGUCGCGGUUCGGGAGGCGGUUCAAGCUGGCGUCGCGCGGGACGACGUUCACGACGGAGCUGCGCGCGGGCACGGCCACGUUCCUGACCAUGGCCUACAUCCUGGCCGUGAACGCCUCCAUCCUGGCCGACUCCGGCGCCACCUGCACCGUCUCCGACUGCGCCUCCCCCUCCCCCUCCUGCCCCUUCCCCCCCGUCGACCCGGGCUACGCCGCCUGCGUCGACCGCGCCCGCCGCGACCUCAUCGUCGCCACCGCUGCCUCCUCCAUCAUCGGCUCCGUCGUCAUGGGCGCCCUCGCCAACCUCCCCUUAGCCCUCGCCCCCGGGAUGGGGACGAAUGCGUACUUCGCGUACACGAUCGUGGGGUUCCACGGGUCGGGGAACCUGUCGUACGGGAGCGCGCUGGCGGCGGUGUUCCUGGAGGGGGUGGUGUUCCUGGCGGUGUCGGCGCUGGGGUUCCGGGCGCCGGCGGGGAUCGGGCUGUUCCUGGCCUUCAUCGGCCUGCAGGACAACCAGGGCGUGGGGCUGGUCGGCUACAGCCCCUCCACCCUCGUCACCCUCGCCGCCUGCCCCGCCGCCGACCGCGCCGCCCUCGCCCCCGUCAGGGCCCUCGCCAACGGCACCCUCGCCCUCGUCCCCGGCGCCGCCGCCUCCGCCGACGUCCUCUGCCUCCGCGGCCGCAUGCUCAGCCCCACCUUCUGGCUCGCCCUCGUCGGCUUCCUCCUCAUCGCCCUCUGCCUCAUCAAGAACGUCAAGGGCGCCAUGAUCUUCGGCGUCGUCUUCGUCACCGCCGUCUCCUGGUUCCGCAACACCGCCGUCACCGCCUUCCCCGACACCCCCCAGGGCGACGCCGCCUACGCCUACUUCCGCAAGGUCGUCGACGUCCACCCCAUCCGCUCCACCGCCGCCGCCCUCAGCUUCCGGGACCUCUCCAAGGGCUUCUUCUGGGAGGCCCUCGUCACCUUCCUCUACGUCGACAUACUCGACACCACCGGCACGCUCUACUCCAUGGCCCGCUUCGCCGGCUUCGUCGACGACAAGGGCGACUUCGAGGGCCAGUACUUCGCCUUCAUGUCCGACGCCGCCGCCAUCGUCGCCGGCUCGCUCCUCGGGACCUCGCCGGUCACGGCGUUCAUCGAGUCGUCGACGGGGAUCCGGGAGGGGGGCAGGACCGGGGUGACCGCUCUCACCGUGGCCGCCUACUUCGCGCUGGCCUUCUUCUUCACCCCGCUGCUCGCCUCCAUACCCAAGUGGGCGGUGGGCCCGCCGCUGGUGCUGGUCGGCGUGCUCAUGAUGAAGUCGGUUGCCGAAAUCGAGUGGACGGAGAUGCGCGACGCCAUUCCGGCGUUCAUGACCAUGAUACUCAUGCCGCUGACCUACUCCAUCGCCUACGGGCUCAUCGGCGGGAUCGGCACGUACGUAGUCCUGCAUUCGUGGGACUGGGCCUGGGCCGCGUGGGGCCGGCUCAAAUCCAAAUCCAAAAGUAAUGACAUGCCGCGGCCUGUCCUGCAGGCCGCGAAUGGUUGCAACGGCGGCGGCGGCGGCGGCAGCGAAAGAGACGGACUGCCGAAGAAACCUGAAGAGGUUUAGUUAAGUCAGCACUACUGCUGAUUCAUUCAUAGAUAGUAGCAUCAGAGGGUACGUGGGGGAGGGGAGAUACCUAUAGAAAUUUUGACCAACCAAGGGAUUUAUUUGCCCUCUUUUUAAUUAACUUGUUUUUUUUUUAUAUAUACAUUUUCUCUUCUUAAUUUGUUUUGUUUUCUUCUUAAUUUGGUUUUGGAUAAAUAUAUAUAAUUUAAGUGCUAA